GCUUGACCGAACUACGAUGGUGGCUGAACAAUCUCAGCCAAUGGAACGGACGCUCUCUCCUACCCCAGACUCCCACGCAUUGUAUCUUCGUCGACGCAAGCGACAAAGGAUGGGGCGGGGUGUUUCAAAAUCAAGUCGUUCAAGGCUUGUGGACCGCCGAGGAAAAAGAACAAUCCAUAAACUGGCGAGAGUUAAAAGCCAUAGAACUCACCCUCCUAGCAUUUCCUCGCCUGCAUGGCACCUCCGUGUUGAUCCGCACGGACAAUACCACAGCCAAGACUUAUAUCAACCGACAAGGCGGAACUCGCUCAGUAGCUCUGAGCCAACUGGCAACGUCAAUUUGGAACAGUUGCAUCCAGAGAAAUCUACAAAUACAAGCACAGCACAUUCCGGGGAUAGCCAACACACAGGCGGAUCUAGCGUCUCGCUGCUUCUACCUGAAAAACCUCUGGAAGUUGACACCACCAACAUUUACUCACCUUCAGAAACUAUGGGGACCUCACGACGUGGAUCUUUUCGCCGAUCGGACAACAUUUCAAGUUCCUCACUAUGUGAGUUGGAAGUUGGAUCCUCAGGCGAUAGCCACAGAUGCUCUCUCAAUUCCGUGGCAUCCCUUCCAGAAUUCUUAUAUGAAUCCGCCCUGGAAUCUGAUCAUGCCAACACUUCAGAAGAUCAAGUUGGAAUGUCUCCCUCAAGCCACCCUGGUAGUCCCUCACUGGCCAUCGGCCAUUUGGUUUCCACUACUGAUGUCCAUGGCACUGGAACCGCCAGUUCUCCUGGAUCCGAAAACACAGACCAUGCUAGGGGUUCCUUCCGCUCUCUACCCGUGGACAAAUCCGAACUGGAAGCUCUCCGUUUGGAGACUAUCCGGAAGCGUUUUGAAGGACAAGGGUACUCCGAAUCCACCAUUCGCUCUUUAAUACAAUCGGUGCUUCUUGGCUCUGGACAUCGCUCCCCAUAUCGUCAUGGCCAGUACCUCUUCCUACAAUGGUCCUUGCGGAAAGCGGUUGAUCCUAACACAUUCACCACUUCUGACCUAAUGAAUUUCCUUACGGACGCUCUUGCUGCUGGAUACAGUCUCAGUACAGUACAGACUUUCCGCUCGGCCAUCUAUCUCCUCCACAAGGAGCCAGCUCAAGUUCGGAAUUCUACUAACUUGAAAGCUUUGAUCAAGCAUUCAAAACGCACUGCGCCGCCUCAACAGGUGCUCAAGUCACGAGUAGAUGUUACCCCUACGUUGCGUUUUCUAGCCCAAAUACCGUCAGACUCCACAGCUCCUCUGGCUGACUUAAACAAGAAAGCUGCCUUCCUUCUAGCUAUGGCAGCCUUUUUACGCCCGUCUGACCUGGAGCGCAUUAGCCUAUACCAUUGCUCUGUUUCCAGUCGGGGCGACUUGACAAUCAAAAUCAUAGCGCCCAAGGAACUCCGUGCUGGCCGACGAAUUGUCAAGACACUGACCAUUCGUCCGAAUGAUCACUUCACAGAACUAUGUCCUGUCCGAGCAUUUUUAGCCUUGAAGGCUCAUCCGCUGGCCACCAAACGUUCUGGUAAUAAGCUGUUGGUCAACUCCCAGAACCCAGCUAAGCUUCUGAAGACGACAACCAUUUCCACCUGGCUACGCAAUCUGAUGCAGCUGUCCACCACUCAAAAGCCUGUUCCUUCGGUACGUUCGGUGGCAACAGACUUGGCUUUGGCUCGUGGAGCACCUUUGACGGAUGUCGUCACCAUGGGUAAUUGGUCAUCUGCGGAAGUCUUUAACAACCACUACCGCCGACAACGGCUUCAACGCCAGAACAUAACCAAUUUCGUUUUACGAAUUUAGUUGUUAUAAUUAUUAUUCAUCUUUCUUCUCGUUGUUCUUCUCUUCUUCUUCUUCUUCUUCUUCUUUCUUCUUUCUUCUUUGCUACUACGCUGAAGUAGCAUCUCUAGGCUCAUGUUCGUUCAGUCCUCCGGACUGAACUAGUAA